UCCAAUUCAAAUCAUUGAAUCAUUAACACCUCAAUCCGAUCGAUCAUCAGCAAAUCAAUUGAAUUCUUUUGAUCAAGUCACUGGCUAAUUUCCAACUACCUCCCUCACCGAAUCUUGAGCCAAAAUCUACCCUUCAAUUUCUCCUUCCCGAUGCAGGGAUGAACGCCGUGCAGCUGCCGGGCCACCGCCGCCGAUGCCCCAUCGUGGCAUCCAACACGCCAAAGCCUCCCCUUGCCUUCUCGCCGACCUUAACCGCCACAUCUCCGCCGGCCGCCUCGCCGAUGCCGUCUCUGUCCUUCCUUUCCUUGCCCGCCACGGCCUCCGCCCACCAACCCGCACUCUCUCCCUACUUCUUUCUCACUGCCUUCACUCCCCUGCUUCCCUCCCCUUAGCCAGCCGCGUCCUCAACUUUCUCCAUUUCACCGCUCUUAAGCCCGUUUACCCCUCCCACACCUUUCUCUCCAAUCAAAUCCUUCAUCUCCACUUCCUCCUUGGCCGCUCCGACCGCGCCCAAGACCUGUUCGGCAAAAUGCCUCAACCAAACGUUUUCUCAUAUAACACAAUGCUUGCAGGAUACGUCCGACUCGGCUUGAUAGCUCAUGCUGUUAACCUAUUUAAUUGUAUGCCGCAUCGGGACCUCGUGUCCUGGAACACCAUCAUCCUCGCCCUUGCCCGCACUGGCGCGGCAGCGGAGGCUGCGGCAUUCUACUCCCGCCUCCGUAGCUCCACCCUCGUUGUCAAUGCUCAUACUUUCUCUGCUCUACUUACUGCCUGCGCCAGCCUUGCUGAUAAAAGCCUCACCUUGCAAGCCCACGGGCAGGUUCUGGUUGCUGGUUGGUCUUACAAUCUAGUGGUUUCGAGCUUGCUCCUUGAUGCUUAUGCUAAGCACGGGAUAAUAAAGGAUUCAAGGAAGGUGUUUGAUCAAAUUCCUGU